AUGUCUUCCAAGCUUGACCAGUCCCUUGAGGAGAUUGCCGGCACCCGCAGCAAGGCCGCUCGUCGCGACCGCAAGCCCAGAGUGUCCACUGGAGGUAUCACCAAGAACACCGCUGCCCCCAAGCCUAAGGGCGGCCGUCAACCCAAGGCAAACACCGCUGCAGCCCCCACUCCCGCUCUUCCCGCCAACGGAGAAAGCAAGUGUAUUGUCAGCAACCUGCCUUCCGAUGUUACGGAGCAGAUGAUUAAGGACUACUUCUCAAAACAAGUCGGACCCGUCAAAAAGGUCCUUCUCAACUACAACAAGAACGGCCGUAGCGUCGGCGUCGUCACCAUCAUCUUCUCUCAGCCACAAAGCGCAGCACGUGCCGCGAAGGAGCUUAACUCUGUCAAGGUCGACGGAAAGCCCAUCAAGGUCGAGGUCAUUCUGGGCGCCAGUUUUGUCCCUGCCCCCUCAGCACCCAAGUCUCUCGGCGACCGUAUCCAGGCACCCAAGGCAAAGAAGGACAACAACAAGCCCAAGUCAGCUGCCGCUGCACCCAAGCCCGCCGCUACUGCUGGUGGUGCCACCAAGGCCGCUGGCCGUGGUGCCCGCAAGGCUCGCGCUGGCCGCCCCAAGCCCAAGACUGUCGAGGAGCUUGACGCUGAGAUGAGCGAGUACUUUGACCCUAACGCCGCUGCACCUGCCGCCAACAACAACGGUGCACCUGCACCCACUGCCGCCCCUGCCGUCGGCGAUGCCACCAUGGAGGACGAGAUCAUGUAA